GCUCUGCGCACUGCUCUCCGGUUUGGCCGGGCAUCAGUGUGUUUUGUCCCAAACAAAGUAGGACUCACGCCGCAGAGGCCGAAUGACACGAACAGACUGAGACGUGUUUCAGUGCUGUCUUUUGUUUGAAUAUUUUCUAUCAGUAGAUGAAGAUUAUCAGAAAUGGGUCCUGGAUAAAGUAAUCUUGUAGAAACACCGUGGACUCCGGCUGGUUUGGAGUGUGGGCAGCAGCGGCCCGCGGCCGUGAAGGAGCUUAGCAGCCGGGAGGAGCAGAAGCCAUUGUGUGUUGGGAACGGCAUUCAAUUUUCACCGAAUUGAAGCUCCGUCCCCAUCCCUUGCUAUCCUUCCUGAUUCAGUUCUGGGAGAGUUCAGACUAGGAUAAUCGCCAAGAUAGCCGGGCCAGGUAGGAAGAGGCACACCUCAGAUCCAGACCCCAGCAGCGGCAGUGAUUCCGGCGACGGGCAGCCUGUUAGUGCCAAGUGCCUGAAAAUGGCCAGCAGUGGUAGUAAUGGUGCGGCUGGUAGUGAGACAGCGGGCCGUCGUGGUGGGGCUCAACAGAGAGGAGGCAACGGUAGGGAGAACAGUUCAGACCUGUCCUCAAGUACCAGUAAGAAGAAGCAGAAGGACCGGGCCAAUCAGGAGAGUCGAGAGGCCAAGAGGGCAGCGGCUGCAGCAGUAGACGGGGUUAUUGCAGAAGUCAAGAAAGAUGUGUUUGUGGACUGGAAGCAAAAUGUCAAUGAAGUGACUGUCAGACUGCGCUGUGGGGAGGGGGUGCAAAGGAUAGAGGAUAUCAAUACAACUUUCACUGAUACACACUGCCAUGUGUGCUUCCCAGAUGGACGUGAGUGGAGAUGCCAGUUGCAGGAGGAAAUUGAGGCCUCGUGUAGCAGAGUUCAGUACAAGGAGAAGGGAGGUUUCCUGCUUGUCGUCAUGCAAAAGAAGAUUCCUUUUCACAUCUGGCCUUCACUUAAAUCGAACAAGAAGGAGAAGGAGGCAGUAACCACAGAGACCAAAAAUGACAAGGAGCCUGAGAAAGCUGUUGCCUUGGAUUCAUCAGAGAUACCCAGACUGUCAUCCUCGCAGCCUUCCCCCUCACAUGCACAGAGCGAGUCAAGGCGCAGUGGUGGCAAAGCUGUCAAGCGCUGCCUUAAAAACAAACCAGUUGGUGACAAGGCCACUACGGACUCUUUGGGAGCGAAAGGUGGAACUGGAGAGGGCUCAGCCACCACCAGCAAGCCUGUUACAGCCGCAAGAGGCGAGCAGCAGGAGCCCAGUGCUAAGCGCACCGUUGUACAGCCACCCAAGACCCCCAAGGAAGAUGCUGCCUCACCAGCAGACAGGGACACAAAAUCUGCCAAGUCUACAGUAGUAAAUGGUAAAGCUCCACACACACACCUGCCCGCUGGUCGGAGCCCACAAACACAACGCGAAGAUGGAGACAACAGAUCACAGAGACUAGAGAGUGGCCAGGAUCAGAAACCAGGAGUCCCAGUCGCUACUCCUGUCAGCCAUACCAACAAAACUCAGGUGGCAGAGAAGCAAAACCAGUCCUCUGACGGGUCAGAAGCAACAGCACAUGGCAGUGAAAGCCAAUCAGCAGCUCCCAUUAGCACCAGCGACUGCCUCAAACCUGUGAGCUCUAACAACAAAGCGAACUCUCCUGAAAUGCUGGAGGAUAAAACGGACUCUGAACCAGAGAAAAGGCCUGAUGAGCAGGAAUCAGAGCAGGAUACUCUGAUCCACCAGCAGCCUCCAUCUAGAGAAACAGAUUCAGUACCAGCUGUUGGUGUGAGUGCCAAACAAGAAGCGUCACCCAGUAUAUCCCAGAAGCAUGGCAGCUUUGAUGGAGAAGAGAAGCGGGACCAGUCGAAGGAAGAGCCUCCACUGGAAUUAAAGCAACAGGAAGCCCCAGAGCCAAUGGUCAACCUGCAAUUUAUGAAGAAUGAUUCGUAUGAGAAGGGCACAGACCUGAUGGUGGUAAAUGUUUACAUGAAGGGGAUCUGCAGGGACACAGCCAGGGUAAUCUUCAGGGAACAGGACUUCACACUCAUCUUCCAGACCAGUGAUGUUAAUUUUCUGCGGCUUCAUUCAGACUGUGGACCAAACACAGUCUUCAAGUGGCAAGUCAAACUCAGGAAUCUUAUCCAGCCUGAGCAGUGCAGCUACUCCUUCACACCGUCCCGACUGGACAUCACCCUGAAGAAGAGGCACAGCCAGCGCUGGGGGGGUCUGGAGGCCCCCGCCCCACAAGGUGCAGUGGGUGGUGCAAAAGUUGCUGUGCCCUCCAGUCCUGCCUGUUUGGAGAACAGCCAGCCUGGCAGCAGCCAGCACAGCCUACCAGCCAAGGAGGAGCCUCCGAGGGUCGGGGAGGAGAAACCCAAGGCUCCUAAGGCGUCGUCUAGAGUGGAGGAGGGCAGUCUAGAUGUGGUGGCUCCUCGUUCUGUCUCUGAGCACGUUUCCAUCACAAAGCCAGAUCCCACUGUUACCACGCCUAAACCUACCUGCAUGGUGCAGCCCAUGACCCAUGCCCCCAUUGCAAGCAAUGAGCGCCACGAAGAAGAGGAGGAGAAGAAGGUGUGCCUGCCUGGCUUCACAGGAUUGGUCAACCUAGGAAACACCUGUUUCAUGAACAGUGUCAUCCAAUCCCUGUCCAACACCAGAGAACUCAGGGAUUAUUUCCAUGAUCGAGCAUUUGAGGCAGAAAUCAACUGCAAUAACCCGCUCGGAACAGGAGGCAGGCUAGCCAUUGGCUUUGCUGUGCUGCUCAGGGCCCUUUGGAAAGGAACUCAUCAUGCCUUUCAACCCUCAAAACUCAAGGCGAUUGUGGCGAGCAAAGCCAGCCAGUUUACAGGCUACGCGCAGCAUGAUGCCCAGGAGUUCAUGGCCUUUUUGCUGGAUGGGCUUCACGAAGACUUGAACCGCAUUCAGAAUAAACCGUACACAGAGACUGUCGACUCUGACGGACAGCCGGAUGAGGUGGUGGCAGAGGAGGCAUGGCAGAGACACAAAAUGAGAAAUGACUCCUUUAUAGUGGACCUGUUUCAAGGCCAGUUCAAAUCCAAGCUUGUGUGCCCCACAUGCUCAAAGGUGUCCAUCACAUUUGACCCUUUCCUCUACCUGCCUGUGCCGUUGCCUCAGAAACAAAAGGUUCUCUCAGUUUUCUACUUUGCCAAGGAACCUCAUAAAAAACCCAUCAAGUUCUUGGUGAGUGUUAGUAAGGAGAACUCCAGCACAGUUGAAGUCCUUGAAUCCAUCUCCAGGAGUGUCCGAGUCAAAUCAGAAAACCUCAGACUGGCAGAGGUUGGGAAGAACCGCUUCCACCGCAUGUUCCUGCCGUCCCAUUCCCUGGACACGGUGUCGUCCUCUGACAUGUUGUUCUGCUUUGAGGUGCUUUCCAAAGACAUGGCCAAAGAGAGAGUCAUAUUGCUCCAAGUGCAGCAGAGACUGCAGGUCCCUAAUAUCCCCAUCUCAAAGUGUGCCGCCUGCCUGAAGCCUCCAGUGUCUGAAGAAGACAAGCUGAAGCGCUGCACUCGCUGCUACCGUGUGGGCUACUGCAAUCAAGCGUGUCAGAGGACCCACUGGCCCAAUCACAAAGCUCUGUGUCGACCAAACACUGAGAAUGUGGGCCUGCCCUUCCUGGUCAGCGUGCCAGAGUCUCGACUCUCCUAUGCCCGCCUCACACAGCUACUAGAGGGUUACUCCAGGUUCUCCGUCAACGUGUUCCAGCCUCCUUUCCAGUCAGGCAGGACGUCCCCCGAAACGUCCCAGAGCCGGGACCUUCCUCAGAUGCCAGCAGGCUCUCCCGAGGGUCCUGGGCCCGGGGCUGAAGUAAUGAGUGAUAGCUGUACUGUAGGAUCAGGGGAUCAGGAGCUGCAGAGUCCUUCCCUGCUCCCUGAAUGCCAGGGUGAGUGUGCACAGGCCUCCGCCCUCCACCCUGCAGAGUCAGAAUCCCUCUCCUCCUCCCAGACCUCACUCUCCACUACACAGACGACAGAUUCAGGAUUUUCUGAGCCAGUCUCCUCCACUUCCUGCUGCUCUCUGGACCCUCAUGCUGAAAAAGAGACGACUUGUGAGAAGGCUGUGCGGCCAGAAGCUGCAGUAACAGGGUAUCAGCAUCCAAGUGAGUCGGCUUCAGGUCAUGCAAGUCAGUUCUACAUAGCCCUGCUGGAUUCCAACAACAAGGAAUUGAGACUGGAUGAGAAAGAGGACGCUCUGGAAGCACUCCCCGAGGAUGCGACCCUGGUGCUAGUGUGGAAAAACAAUGAGCGUCUGAAGGAGUAUGUUUUGGUGAGCUCUAAGGAGUUGGAAUAUGAGGAGGACCAAGGCUCUCUGAGUGAAACAGCCAGAGCAGGACACUUCACCCUGGAGCAGUGUCUCAACCUCUUCACAAAGCCAGAGGUGCUGGCACCAGAGGAGGCAUGGUACUGUCCAAAGUGCCAGCAGCACAGAGAGGCCUCAAAACAGCUACUCCUGUGGCGUCUGCCAAACGUUCUGAUCAUCCAACUCAAACGCUUCUCCUUCAGGAGCUUCAUCUGGAGGGAUAAGAUCAAUGACAUGGUUGACUUUCCUGUCAGGAAUCUGGAUCUGAGUAAGUUCUGUAUUGGCCAGAAGGAUGAAAUGCAACAACCCCCCAUCUACGAUUUAUAUGCAGUCAUUAACCACUAUGGUGGAAUGAUAGGAGGCCACUACACAGCCUACGCUCGCCUGCCAAGUGACAAGAACAGCCAGCGCAGUGAUGUUGGCUGGCGUCUGUUUGAUGACAGCACUGUGACCAUGGUGGAGGAGUCUCAGGUGGUGACGCGUUACGCCUACGUCCUCUUCUAUCGACGGCGAAACUCCCCCGUGGAGCGACCACCUCGCUUCCUCAGGCCUGUCGGAGCCGAAUCGCCCAAUGCUGCAGGAGCUACUGCCAGCCAGGCCUCUCUAAUAUGGCGGGAACUGGAGAACGAAGAGGAGGGGCUCGACGAGAGCCCCCCUGGACUGUUCCGCUCUGUGCUGCGAAGAGGAAAAACGCUGAGGAACAGAGAUGAGAAUGAGGAAGACAGAACUGAAGGACCGAUGCGGCAGCACCGCAGGCGGAGGGUGUCGGACUAUCCUGACGAUGACUGUGUGCGAUAUUUUGUUCUGGGCACCCUGGCAGCCAUGUUUGCUCUCUUUGUCAAUUUGGUCUACCCUCUUUUGUGCAAAACCAACUGGACCUGAGAGGGGCUGGUCUGUCUGUAUAUUCCUGUGGCUUGAGUUUAGACAUAUGAAUGUGAGGAUGGUCAGAGAAGCACAUGUUCGAUAGUAAACUAAGGAAUACGCAAUUUAGCUCUAUAAAAUAAAAAAUAAAAUAUAUAUAUAUAUAUAUAUAUAUAUGUUUCUGUUUCUAUGAAUUAAAAACCCUUUAAAAUACUCUCUUUAAAGUAAGGCAGUGGGUUUAAAAUGACAGCAAUAGUUUCCCUUGUAGUUAAAGCUGCAGAACAGUGAGAUAACAGACUCACAUGUUCUGUUUGAGCUGGUCACAACUUUGCCUCUGUUACUUCGUACCACAGUUAUACUUUUUAAUGUUACAUUUUGAAAAGGGUUCUCACGUCAUGGAGCUUAAAGUUUUUUAAGGUAAAAGUUCAUUCCUGAGUUUGGAAAUCAUCGGUAGACAAGUUUCAAUGAAAAGAGAGGAGGUUUAGAGCUUUCCCCUUUUUUUAAAGUUUAGGUCAUGUUUGUGUCCGAGAAACAAUUGAUGGAGAUGCAUUGAGUGCUAAAGAUCUGAGAAAAAAGAACGUACUCUAGAGCUACAGAUGAAGCCAUUGUUGACGGCCUUCUGUUUUAAUUGCACUAAACUAUUGAGACAAAAAUAAUCAUGAGUGACUCAUUUUAAAUGUUGUAUCAUGAAACAAAUAGAAAGCUCUUUAUUUUGUGACCAAUCGUUAUGAACUUAAAUAAAAUACAAAUUGUAAUUAUCAGCCUUAACAUUUCUGUCCAGCCAACAAAGUGUGUUUUUUUAAAGGCUCUUUUCUGCAACGUGCUGUAGUACACUGUAAUUAUUGUUCAUUUCCCAUAAUGCUUUGAUUUUUGUUUUUUCUUAAAAAGUCUGGUUUAGUUUCUUAGAUUCACUGUAGACGAGUGAAGGUACUAAAAAUUAUGAAUCAAAGUCCCAUCCACCUCUGAAUGUAAAGGUUUCAGUGUGUUUCUUUAUCUUCAGAGGAAAGCAAAGACAAAGGUUGAUGAUUGUGGACAGUUUUGGAUCUCUACGUUUUUACAAGUUGUUGAUGAUUUUCUUGUUUGAUGAGCAUGAUCUAAAACAUGAUGUUUCACUCUUUUUGAAGUCCUUCCGUGUCCAAGCUGUCCACAGAUCAGUUCUUUACUCUGCUGCUGUGAUUGUGAGUGCUUGUUGGUCUCAGGGAAAUCUUAGUGCUCUUCUUCUAUGGAGGCAGUGUCCAGUGUCCUACGGUUGCCUUAAAUGCCUAGCAUCACUUGGAGUACUUUCAGACUGUGUAAACUUGAUGCAAAUUUAUGCAAACGCUCAAUCUGUGUAGAUGUACAAUUCUUUGUGAAAUACAGUUUUUGUUAAACGUACACUAAUUCAAAGUCUCCCAGGGCGCAACUUUAAAAAAGGCUGUUGAGUUUUCAGCACACACUCUGCAGAUUGAGUUCUCUAAAUGCUGUUGUGUUUUGAUUGGAUGACCUGAAUUGAUGAUGUCAUUAAGUGUGAGUGUCUCCUGUCUGCCGUAAAAUGUCGAUUGAAAAGAAUAAUGGAGGCCAGGGUUGGCUAAUGGUUGAAAAAAAAUCAAGUACUGUAUUUAAAAGAAAAAAUGAUAACCUAUGAUAAGUCUCUGCAAUAAUGUCUGUAGAAACCUCCAUCUAAAUGCUGCUUUCUAAUAUAUAGCAAUGUACUCCUUUUGGAAAUAAAAUCUCCAUCCCUUUA